CGACAUUUGGUGGCCCGUACGGGGACUGAUCAACCCCGAGACACGGCGGUGGUGUGCAACGCUCCAGCGUGGUGCUGCCGGACAGGAACCGGGACGAGAACCAUUGUGGGUCCCAGAAAGACUGACGCGUGCGACAAGCCCUUCGACUGAAGACUAAUCCUGUCCUGCCGGAGACCAGCAGCAGGCCUGACAGCCAGAUGAACCCGAAAAAGGCUGCUUUUUUCAUUGGGGGCGUUGUCCUAGCACUCCUCAGGAUAAGUAUGGUACAUGCGGGGCUGGGGGGCCCCGCUUCUGGAAUAGAUCUUCGCACGAGCCUUCUUGGCAGUCCGUGCGAUUGCGGAGGUGGCACGGUAAGCAGUAUACCACCUAGCGCCAAAAAAGGACCAGGGACCGAUUGUGGGGAUAAAACAGCAUUCUCAGUUGUGUACCCCUCCACUGCAGGAGGAUUUAGUCAACCAUCCUAUCAGUGCAUACUUAAGCCUAAGGUGAGUCCCUCAGGGCCUGGUGAUCUCGCCACAUGUCCCUGCACUAAGUUUGAGGAAUCCAUGCAUGUUACAUGCUAUACAGAGACAAAACAAUGCAAACUUAAGAGUACAACCUAUUGGAUGGCAACGCUAACUACAACUAAAAGCCCUGUUGCCCCUAACCAUAUUCCCGCUGCUGUAGGCGGUUCUCCAUUCAUGCAGUCAGGUUGUAAUGGAGAGGUUGGAGAAACGGUCUGUUGGUCUAUGACCGCUCCCGUUCACAUCUCUGACGGUGGAGGGGUCCAAGACCAGUACCGGCAGGAACAGGUCAUCGAGCGAUGGGAACAACUAAAUCCGUUCCCUGAAGUCAAUUACCAUCCACUCCUACGCCCAAAAUCCCGAGGCAUUAACCUUGACCCCGCUACUGAAUCCAUAUUAGAGGCUACCCACAAAGCACUCAAUCUUACUGACCCAGGGCUGGCCUCCGAUUGUUGGCUGUGUAUGAUGAUGGGAGAAUCAUGGCCGCUGGCCAUGCCGUUUAGAGACUAUGAAAGUGAACCUUACAAUUAUAGCACACCCUAUAAUUGCUCACAUGGGCCUCCAUUUCGGGUCCAGUUUAUGGGACAGUUUAAUGCAUCCUGUUUCCAAAAGUACCCACAAAAUAAUAGUUAUGAUAUUGUUGUUGGAGCGCUGGCAGUCGCCUCGUGUGAGUCCAUAACCAAUGUAAGUAGUAGCUCGCCGCUAUGUGCCCCCUUUGGCAAAGUAUUUGCUUGCGGCAAUGGUCAUGCUUAUACCUACCUGCCCAGUAAUUGGACCGGCCUAUGUGGCCUAGCUUACUUGUUGCCUGACAUUGGUAUUGUCCCUGGGGACCAACCCAUGCCCAUCCCAGCUGUGGACACCUUUAUAAAAAGACACAAGAGAGAUGUACUGAUUUUACCUCUCUUGGCUGGUCUGGGGAUAACUGCAGCCCUGGCCGCCGGGACUGUGGGCCUAGGAGUUUCAUUAACCAAAUAUACUCAGUUAUCCAAGCAAUUGAUAGAAGACAUGUCUAUAGUUGAGAAAACCCUUCAGGAGAUACAAGAUCAAAUUGAUUCCCUUGCAGAGGUUGUUCUGCAGAAUAGAAGGGGCCUAGAUCUACUCACUGUAGAGAGGGGAGGUAUCUGUAUUGCCUUACAGGAAAGAUGCUGCUUUUAUGCCAACAAGUCCGGAAUCGUUCGAGACCGAUUAAAGAAACUGCAAGAAGACCUAGAAAAGAGAAGAAAAGAACUACAAGACAAUCCCUUUUGGGGAGCCUGGAAUGGCUUGCUCCCCUAUAUUUUACCAUUGUUAGGUCCCCUGUGCUCCUUGCUUCUGCUCUUACUUAUAGGACCAUGCUUGCUCCGAUGGGUCACAUCAUUUAUUAAUGGGCGCCUUGCGGCGGCCCGGCGUCAAGUAUGCCUGGUUGCCCAUGCGGCCCUGGCCGGGAGCGACACCGACAGCCAGGUCUCACAAAGGGAGAGCAGCGUGUGUCAAUGCACAGAAUCAUGGGUUAAUGACACAUACACUGUGCAGAAUCAGACAGUGCUUGAGGCAUUGCUGGAGGCAGACAGUGCACUGCGGGAUGCUUCUGCUUACCUCCUGCUGGACACAGACUCAGAACCUAAAAACAUCGAGAGACUGUGGUGUGCAGAGCUGAGGGCCCUCCCGAAGGCUGCCCUCCCCGCGGGCUCCUCACCUGCUGCACCCCUCCGUAAUCAUUUGUCAAGGGCUUCAAAAGAAAAUGUCAAGGGACCUCCUGUGGAAAUUUUGCCUCAAAUUCUCGUGUGUCAGCUUGGUUUUGUAAGGCACAUUUUAAAAUGGAAAUUGCAAACAUCCAUAAUUGGAAACCAGCGACCUUGGGGUUCCCUGCAAAAUCACCCAGGAGGCCUGGAGUUGGGCAAAUUGCAUGCUGAGGGGAGCACAAUCUACAUGGGCCAGGUGGGCUGCUCCGGGGAUGAAGAUAACUUCCUGCAAGCUCCGCGACCUUACCCUGUCAUCUCUCCACACACCAGGGGCCGAAUCCAACUUCGUACAGUGCAACACCUGUUACAAACUGACACUGGACUCGAGCGUCAAAUCAGUAAACAAAGGACAGUCGUAAAAUCCAGUUGCAAAGAGAGGCUUUUCAUCAGCUCCUACCGAAACAACCAUGUGGGACGCGGUACUCGGGUCUCUGCUGCUGCAUUACCCUCACCUCUGGGCCCGUUUCGGCCAGCUGACCUUUGUGGUGAGGGCAGCCUCGUGCAUUGUAAGAGGCCUAGAAAUCUCUCUGCUUUUCUGGGGACUGUCCCUGCCGCAGCUGACCCCUUGCUUACAGGAGUGAGUCGUGCCAAUCUGACCUACCGCCACUGGAUUCAACUGACUGCAUCAGUGAUCCAGGAACAGUUUUCAGGGUUUCUCCUACGGAUUCGAGCUGUGACCCAAAAAAGUCGUAUCUCUCUAAAGAUCCAUCACCCAGCUCAGGCUUUCACUUGCUGUUGUCAUUCUUCUGAUCACAUCACCGACCACCGUGUUUCUCCAAAAAUAAGACCUAACCAGGAAGUAAGCUCGAGUUGUUACCUUAUGGCCGACAGUGUCACGCAGAAGAUGACAUCUCUCUGUUCAUUUUUCAGUGGCCACUCCAUCAUGGCAGGAAACACUCACAGAAGCAGGGAACCCAACCCCACAGAACAUGGCCCCCGUGCCAGACCUCCAUCUGCUGCGGCCAAGUUGGAUGAGAACAGAAUGAGAGCAGAGGUCUUCAGGACAAGUGAACAUGUGGAAAAAGGUCCAGAUAAUCAGUCUGCAAAGCUCCCUGUCUGCCAGGGGCUGAGAGGAAGCCGGGCAGAGCCAGGGGUGAGCGAGCACACCAAGGAGAAGCUGCUCUCCAGAGCUGGGCGACAGAUGCCUGGUUCUAAUUACAGUCUUAGCACCUAG